AUGGCCAUUACAAGUUUGAAUUUCAUCACGGGUAACCGAAAUAAACUUGCGGAGGUGAGAGCGAUUUUACAAGGCGUGGUCGAGGUUGAAAGCCAGGCAAUCGACACGCCCGAGAUACAGGGAACAAUUGAAGAAAUUGCCAAGGAGAAAUGCAGACGCGCUUCAGAAGUGGUAGGAGGCCCUGUUCUGACAGAGGACACUGCUCUUGAAUUUACUGCAAUGAAGGGACUUCCCGGUCCAUAUAUCAAAUCGUUCCUUGAUGCGCUUGGCCAUGAAGGGCUCAACAAAAUGCUUGACUCAUUCGACGAUCGAUCUGCCGAAGCUGUAUGCACCUUUGCAUUCUGUUCCGGCCCUGGCUCAGAGCCGAUACUCUUCCAAGGAAGGACUCCUGGCAUGAUUGUUCGGCCAAGAGGCCCGACAAACUUCGGCUGGGAUCCUAUUUUUGAGUACGAAGGCAAAACGUUUGCCGAAAUGACGAAAGAGGACAAGAAUAAGAUAUCCCACAGGAACAAAGCUCUUAUUAAGCUACAGCACUGGCUAAGUGAGGGAAAUUAG